AUGGUAGUUGCAGCUAAGAUGCCAGAAAUGGGUAUCGGUUUCCAGGGUAAGUUACCUUGGAGAUUAUCACAAGAAAUUUUAACUUUCAAAAAAAUCACCACCACAGGUAAUAAUGCUGUGAUUAUGGGGAGAAAAACUUGGGAAUCUAUACCAAAGAAGUUUAGACCAUUACCUGAUAGAUUAAACAUUGUUGUCAGUAGAUCACCACCUAAAGAACCUAUUGAAGGAGUUAAAUACUGUAAUGAUUUAGAUAAUCUUCCAUCACUUAUACCAGAAAAUAUCGACAGAGUGUUCAUGAUUGGAGGAUCUGAACUCUUUAAUUAUUAUUUCAAAUCUCCCUUAUGUAAAGAUAUAAUCUUAACUGAAUUACAUAAUGAUGAACCCGUUGAACUAGAUACAUUCCUUGAUUGGGACUUAACAACCUGGGAACUUAAAAGUCAUGAAGAACUAGAAGAAUUUGUUGGAUUCGAAAUUCCAAGAGAAUUUAAUGAAAAGGGUUAUAAAUAUAAAUAUAGUCUUUAUAGAAGAUAG